UACUUUACCCAUUUACAUUUAUGUUUGUUAAUAUUAAAUUGCGUUUUUAAAACAACUGUAGAACUUCGAAAUCUCGUCAGUUUGCUGUUAGCUAAACCUUCCUGUAGCAUCUGCCUUUGUGCCAACAAGCUACUGUGUGCGCUUUACCGCUUACAUUUCUCAUGUUUAUCCAUGAGUUUGGCAGCAGAAUAAAUGUUAAUGUAUUCAAAUAAGUCAACAGUUAAGAUGGAAGAAAACCAGUUUACUUCACUGACGGUUCCCUCGGAUUAUUUUCAGCAGUGGUACCAGUCCAGCCAGCAGUACCCUGAGGUACAGCAUGUGGCACCCUAUCCCAGCAUGGACCAUUACACUGAAGGUCCCGUGGAUGAGCCUGUCAUGGCCGAGCUAUCUGUUCACCGGGAUCCAAAUUUUUAUCAGGAACCUUUUUACACGAACUACCUUCCAGCCCCAAAUCAUUACCCGGAGCAGGUGUCUCAGCAGAACAUCAGAGAGCACCAGCAGCACCCAGAUCUUGCACUCCUGCACCACCCACGGCAUCAACAUACACAACACAUACAGCAUGCUCAACACACACAGCAUACACAGCAGCACGGGCCAAGUAUUCAGCACCAGCCUUCAGGUCCACCUAAAGACGUGACACCAGUGAAGAAGAAGAGAGGUCGACCUCCGAAACAGCAAGCGGAGGAUGGUGAGACACGUGAGGAGGACGACGAGGUUGAGGCUGCCAAAAAAGCCAAGAGGGCUCUCAACCGCUUCAACGGCAUGUCAGUGGCUGAAGUUAUGGCUAAAACACUGCCAGAUGUGAUUACCUACAAUCUCGACAUUUUGAUAAUUGGAAUUAAUCCAGGCCUAUUGUCAGCUUACAAAGGACAUCAUUACCCAAACCCAGGGAACCAUUUCUGGAAAUGUCUGUUUCUGUCGGGUCUAACUGACCAGCAACUUAACUACAUGCAUGACCAGAGCCUGCCAGAGAAAUACAGCAUCGGCUUUACCAAUAUGGUAGAAAGGACCACACCUGGCAGCAAGGAUCUCUCCAGUAAGGAGAUCCGUGAAGGAGGCCGACAGUUACUUGAGAAGCUACAAAAAUACAAGCCAUUAAUAGCAGCGUUUAAUGGAAAAGGUAUUUAUGAAAUCUUCUGCAAAGAAACCUUUGGUGUGAAGGCCAAGAACCUUGAGUUUGGACUACAGCCGUACAAAAUUCCCGAAACUGAAACGGUGUGCUACUUGAUGCCGUCAUCGAGCCCCCGCUGUGCUCAGUUUCCUCGUGCACAAGAUAAGGUGCAUUUUUACAUCAAGCUGAAGGAACUGAGAGACCAGAUGAAAGGCCUGGCACCGAGCCGUGAGGUGGAAGAGACAGAGUACUCUUUUGACCUGCAGCUAGCUAAAGAGGAUGCUAAAAGGAUUGCAAUCAAAGAGGAGCAGCUGGAUCCAGAGUAUGAAAGCUGUAGUGCACUGCAUGAAGAAACCAGGCACAGCAACAACUCCUCGAAAUAAAAGAGAUUCAGGGGAGGAGAAAAAACAAGCCUGCCUACUGGAGCACUCAGGUAGUGUAGUUAUCAUGUAGUCGGAAGUUGAUGAAAUGGGACAACUAAACAACUUUUAUAUAAAAAUCUAAGGAGAUUUUUAUGUACUUCUUCUGGCACUUCCUUUCAGAAAAAGAAAAAAAAAAUCCAAGUGUGAAUUUUAGUAAAAUAAAGGUUGGCACAUUAGCAUUAGUGAACUUUUGUUUGUUUCUUUUACCUAAAGAGAAUAAUACUCAUACAGUGUAGUUUCCCUUCACGGUUUUACUCUGGAACCACAUCCCACCUGCAGUAGCUCUGUGCUCCAUCAGUGGGGUCUGCCCCACAGCUUGAGAACCACUGGAUUAAACAGUUUGGAGCAAAUGACAUAAAACACAUGAAACUUGACAACUUGAGAUUGUUUAAUUUGUGUGUUUAUUCUAUCAAAAGUAGCUUACGUGUCCAUCCAUCCAUUGGUUGUUGUUUUGUUUUUUUUUCUGCUUAUCCA